AUGAUGGACCAUGCAGGAUCCUCGCGCGCGGGGCCAACAAAUGGUGGGCUUCCAAAUGGAGGAGGAAAUGGGACGAGAAGGCCGCUUCCACACAUUGACGACAUCACGUCGGUUGAAGUCGACCUCGACCCUCAUGCUCCGAUUGAGCGAGUGGUGCAAAUGGCCGAAAACUAUCUUCGACAGGCUGAAUCAUCAAAGACGUUUGGUCGUCCUGACCUUGCCCUCAAAGACUAUAUACGGGCCAGUAUCAUUGUGUUGGAUCUGAUCAAGAAGAACAAAGGCUGGGUGUCGAUGCAGAGGGAUUCCAGGGCGCUUCAUGACCGGUACACUCGUGUGUUAAGGCAGCUUGAUGCUACGCAUACCGAGUUCGAGAGGAUCAAGAUGGAAAUCAAGGCAGACAAUGCUAGGACUUGUGUCCAACCAACCGCCCAGAGGCAGAGUCGGAAUGGGGGACAUAUGAUUAACGGGAACGAUUUCGAAAGGACAAACGGCGCAACAAAUGGCACGUCAUCGGACCAGAGUUUCUCCCCCUUGUCGCCUCCGAGAAUGAAGCCGGUGGUGGGCCCUAAACCACAGGGUCUCCAUGGCAAUGCAAUCUCCAAGCCCUCGGCCAAAGCGCAGGACCUGGCCCAACGGUUUGCGAAUUUGAGGACAACCACAGUACAGACGACCCAAGACCCCCGCGUCCGAACCCAGCCGAUCGUGUCACCAACAACGGCGGUAGCACCCGGCAGUCCACCUCCAUUGUUCUCGCAAACGUCUCUCGGCGGGUUACCGCGAAUGCCAGAUGCCAUUUACAAUCCACCCAGGGGCACCGUUUCGAAGGAGGCAGCCGCACUGCCUUCCAGUACUCCCCGUGCCAUGUUCUCUAGGACAGGUUCGGUGUCGUCCAUCAACAUUACCAAAGCCCCAAGACCGUCCAUGGCAGGAGAGAUAUUUUCGACAGCUCAAAGCUUCGACAGGCCGACAUCAAACAAGAGAACAAAACUCUCAUUACCCAACUUCUACGAUGAAACGAUAUCCGUCAAGGAUCUGCUCCAGUACCAGCAGGCAGGCUCCAAGGAGAUAUCAAUAUUAAUAGUGGACAUUAGGAGUCGUGAAGAAUUUGACGAAGGUCACAUUCUAUCUCAGGCCACCAUAUGCGUGGAGCCCGAGGUACUAUCGAGACCGCACAUCUCGGGCGAGGACAUUGCCAAUAGCAUGGUACUGGCGCCCGCAAGUGAACAGCUUCUCUUUGAGAAACGGGCCGACUUUGAUCUGGUGGUCUUUUAUGAUCAGGACUCGACCGCGGUUCCCGCAACACCAUCAAACAGCAUAGAGCACACCGUAUUCAACUUUUUCGGCGCCCUCAGCUUUUAUGACUUUGUCGGCGAAAGAGCUGCCAAAUCACGGCCUAAACUGCUCGAAGGCGGGCUGGAUGCAUGGACGAGCAUGGUUGGAAAGGCCAGCUUGCAGACAUCAUCAACCAUCGAUCCAACCGCGAAGCAGGCAUCCACUGCCAUGACCAGGUCAUUCUUGAACCAAAAACAGAAGUAUGCUGCACGACCCAUCCAGAAUCCCGAGGAAGCCAAACGCUGGGAAAAGCACAUUUCCGAUCCCGCAUCCAUAAUACCCAUCCGAACAACCGAAGACUUUCUCCGUCGCUACCCGCCGGUAUCAGGACAGAAAGAGUCCAUGGUUUCUUCGUCUGCGCCGUCGCCACCUAGCCAAAGUUUAGAAAGUCCCCUCUAUGAUCGAAUAUCCCGCGAUGAGAAUUUCUACAGCUCCCUACCAUCCCCACCGGCUCGUCCCGCCCCUGCGGUUCCUCGCCGUAGUCAUAGCGGACUGUCAGAUGAACCUGUUCUAGCAAAGGCGGUCGGAAUCGCCCCCGGCGCCGCAAGGCCCGAAGUGCGGAAAAAUCGCACCGGUCUCUACAACCCAGGAGUUCAUUGCUUUGCCAACAGCUCACUUCAGUCAUUGUUUGCCACGCCUGGUUUCUGCAAAGAGGUAUACGAUGGAUCGUGGAGGCACAACUACAAAGCUCCGAAAAAGCUGGACGAAACCAUUGACAACCCCCAACUCUUGAUGAAAUGUUUGGAAAAUCUCUUCCAGUGGAUCAACACCGGAUCUUUCAAGUAUAUCCAUGCCAAGACCUUCAUGACAAACACUCGUCGAGAUCGGGUGACAAACGUGCGAGACGAGUACACACCUAACGAAGGCACCGCUGUCCAAAACGCAGUAAAAUUCUGGAACAACUACGUUGAAGGUCACAACUCUUUGGUGACCAAAUACUUCCGUGGUGUGGAUGUGUACAUCAACACCUGCUCCAAGUGCAACCACCAGUUCCAAAAGUUUGAGGUCUCCGACAUGCGAAUCCUCAAUUUCCCUGAUGGCGCGUCAGAUCCCAUCAGCAUGCUGAAGCUGCUUGAACAGAGCGCCGCGCCAGAGAAAAUGGACGGCGCCAGAUGUGAGAAAUGCAACUCGACAAAGCACCGCACUCGAGCCCGCAAGUUCGCCCGACUACCGGAUCGGCUUGUCUUUUCCUUUCAGCGCAGCAUUAAUCAAUUCGACAAGAUGCAAAACAUAGUACAGUUCCCGACCCAAGGGCUUGACGUGCGUCCUUAUUUUGCCGGCGCGGCAAACGAACACGUCGACCCCCGCGAUGAACACUACGAGGGUGACAUGGUGUAUGACCUCUAUGCUGUGACGGUGCACAUUGGCGAGACAACUACCUCGGGGCAUUAUAUCGAGUACGUCAGGGAUGAUCGGAGCAGUGAUCCGGAGAGCUGGUGGAAGUGCAAUGAUCGGGAUGUCACGCCGCUCAAGGUCGGGCCGAAGAACCCCAGGAAUCUUGAGCAGCUUUAUGGGGAUUCGGCGGCGAAUGCUACGGCGUAUUUGGUGUUUUAUGAGAGGAGGGGGACAAGGAAUCAAGAUGUUUGA